GUGCUAGAGGUAGAGACGCCGACAACAGAACGAGUCCCGGAUGGGUUGACCACUGAAGUCCUGUUGGACGAGGAGGGCGAUGACGUGCCCGAACAGAGGGAGGAGGAUUAUCCUAAUCGUGUUCCUCCAGAGGAACGUCUGUCUGUUAUUCUCAUUGGACCACCCAAGACGGGCAAGUCUACGAUUGCUCACGCGCUGGAAGUGGAGCAUUUGAGGAAACGCCUCACUGUAGACGAGUGCAUCGAUUGGGUUCUCAGCAACCCUAAGAGCAUCCGAGAUGAUUAC